AUGGCCGGAUAUUUCUUUGCGUCGCCGAUCGAUGUCGACGUCAAGCUGGAGGGCGAGGACAUUAGGAAGCAGGUGGAUAUGAAGAUGGAGAAAGAGAAAACCAUAUCAUGUCCAGUUUAUUACGACGGAGAUUCAGUCGGAGGGCAGGUGGCUAUUAGAGUGCGCGACGGCAAGAAAAUGACGCACGAGGGUAUCAAGGUUGAAUUUGUGGGGAGCAUUGAACUGUUCUACGACCGAGGCCACCAUCAUGAAUUUCUAUCACUUUCUCAAGAACUCGCUGCCCCAGGGGAGAUGAGGCAGGCCCAGACGUUUGAUUUCAACUUCAAGAACGUCGAGAAGCAAUUUGAGAGUUACCAGGGUAUCAAUGUGAAGUUGAGAUAUUUUAUACGUGUAUCUAUAUCGCGACGGAUGGCAGAUGUGACGAAGGAGAAGGAUAUUUGGGUACAUUCGUUCCGAAUGCCCCCUGACAGUAACAAUUCGAUAAAGAUGGAAGUCGGGAUUGAGGAUUGUCUGCAUAUUGAGUUUGAAUACAACAAGUCAAAAUAUCACCUAAAGGAUGUUAUUGUGGGCAAGAUCUACUUCCUUCUCGUACGGAUAAAGAUCAAACAUAUGGAGUUGUCCAUUAUUCGACGGGAAACAACUGGUUCGCCACCAAACCAGUAUAACGAAAGCGAAACGAUCACGAAGUUUGAGAUUAUGGAUGGCGCUCCAGUACGAGGCGAGACAAUACCGAUUCGCCUGUUCCUUGGAGGAUUCGACCUCACGCCAACGUUCCGAGAUGUUAACAAGAAGUUCAGCACUCGGUACUACUUGAAUCUUGUCCUUAUUGACGAAGAGAACCGGCGCUACUUCAAACAACAGGAAAUUACUAUAUUCAGGAUACCAGAGAACUGAUUUUUUUUCCAUACUGUAUUUGUAUAUUUAUCUUCUGCAAUGGAUAAUGCUUUUAUUCCUGG